AUGCUGGUAACUUUCCAGUUCAAAGAGAAACCGCAAAAGGUUAAGAAACCUUCGAAGGCGUUUGCAAAAACGCAGAAAAUGGAAGAGCACUUGUUAAUCGAGAACGCUGAUUCUAUUUCGCUGAAAAAACGGUCUAGGAAUGGAUGUGUAACCUGCAAAGUUCGAAAGAAGAGAUGUGAUGAGUCGAAACCAAUAUGUGGAGAUUGUGCCAGACUGAACAGGCCUUGCAAGUACCUAAACGAUACUAUGACACCUGAGGAGACCAAGCGCAUCAAAUCAGAAAUACUAGUUAUGGAAGAGGAAUACAAAUGCAGACGGCGAAACAAAAAACGCCCCAAGUCAUCUUCAAAUAAACAGAACAAAGUUGUAUUUAACCCUUUGACACCGUUGGCACCCGAAAUGCCCUUAUCAGAAGAAUUCACCGGGGUGCCUUUAGCUAGCGCAUCGCAACCAUCUCAUAUUCCACAUACAGAUCAUGUUGACUCACCAAAUUCUCUCCACAAGUCACACUCCAUACAUGAUCUAUUUUCUCAAUUCAGCAACCAAUUUCCCUUUUCUCCAUUUAUGAUGAAAUCUCCAAAUAUUGAAAACGGAGAAGCUGGGACUUCAUUGCACGACCUGCCUGAUCUACAUCUGGAUAGCGAGUUUUUGCCCACUUAUCAACAAGAGUUCGAAGCUGAAAUGAGCAAGGACAUUGACUUUUCGAAUAAUGUUAAUCAUCAUCAUCAUACCCACAAUAAUAAUCACAAUGUUGAAAACAACAGCCAAUACAGACCACUAUAUGAGAGCAACCGAGUCGAGCUACUAGAGGAAAAUAAAAAUCAGUUUGCUAACUCCACACAACCACACAACCAUUUAGAAAUCAUAGACAAUCCGUCCUUGAUUGCGACUACUACUUUAAGUGUCUUGAACUCACAGGAUAUCAUGUACUAUGAUUAUUUCAAGCGUAGACUGUCGAGAAUAAUAUCGAUUGUUCCUGAGAACGAGAAUCUUUAUUUGAAAAUCUUCUUACCCAUGGCACAUUACGAUUUGGGAUGCCUAUAUGGAAUUUUGGCUUGGUCCUCUUUUCACAUGGGAAAUCACCACCAAGCUAGGGGUAACGUAUAUGUGGACAAGGCUCUAAAGUACAUAAGCGAUACCAAGAUUAACGAGAACAAUACAGAACCAGAGAACACGGCCACCAAAUGGCUUUCAAGGCACAAUCGUGUCAAUAUGCGACUAGCUAGCUUGCUGAUAAUAUGUGGUGCUGAAAUAUGUAAAGGAGACGUAAAAAACUGGGGAAGUUAUUUGGAACAAGCGGCGAGGUUGGUGAAACGCAACGGUGGUUUGAGUAGCUUCAACGAGUCUCAAAGUCAGCAUUGGUUGAUAGCAAAUAUGGCCUAUCACGACAUUCUGACUAGCAGUGCAAGUGAAAGAGGAUUACUCUUUUCUUUAGAGGAAUACGCCAGGGUCGUCAAUUUCAGUAAGUUCGGAUUAGACCCACUUCAUGGAAUAUCAAAACCAUUAUUUCAAAUUAUUGCCGAAAUCAGUAGUUUGGCCACUGAAGUUAAACACUUACUGAAACGAACCACCAAUACUCUAACUAAUCAAUAUUUGGGACACGCAAACAGUUUGGAUUCUCCAGAAUUUGAUUAUGCUACAGACAUUCCUGGAACUUCCUCAACAUCCGGAAGUACAUCUGAUGAAAGUGUUGCAGCUGAGUUUGAAAGUCGCCAUGAGGCUCUUUCGUAUAUCAAUACAAAGGCAAAUGAUAUACUGAAACGCAUUGAUGACUGCCACCCUAAUAUGGAGUUUUUACGGACAUUGCCGUCUAAAGACUUGAACUUGCAACUAUCAUUGUUUCAAGUUUUUCAGCUUGCUGCUAAACUUCAUGUACAGCAGUCAGUAUUGAAAAAUCCUGCGACUUCAUUGCCCAUUCAGUUACUGGUAUGCGAGAUGUCCCAGUACUUGGACCAUGUUCUCAAUUCUCCCGUAGAAAGUUGUCUCUGUUUCCCAUUGUUCAUAUGCGGAAUGAAUUGCUGUACUAAAAAGGAUCGUAAAUUGGUCAGAGAUAAGUUUGACGAAUACCUGGAUCGAUAUCGGUAUGGGAAUGUGGAACGAACAAAGAUUAUCAUGGAACAGGUCUGGAUGAUGAAUCCCACAGGAAGCAAGAAUAUCGACUGGUACGAAAUUGUUAAGAAAUUAGGCUGGAACUUGAGUUUUGCUUAG